UGUAUGAUUGCGAAACAACAUACAAGAGAUGAAAUUAUAAUGCACAAUGCCUGCAUAUUAGAGAUGACAGAAAGUCUGCAAUGUUGUUUUAGAUGCGUGGAGUCGAAAAUGAUGGAGUUAAGAAAUAAUGACAAUGCUUCUGGUACAAACGUACCCAUCAUCCGAGAAAAAUUAUCAACAUUGGAAUUACGUUAGGAUGCUACAUGUUUCAAAGUUCAAUCAAGGAAGAAUCUUAUGAACAUACAUGCAGAAAAAUGGUGAAGACUCAGCAUUGUAGAUUAUUACCACUUCGGUUGAAGGUGAACAUGUGGAAACACUGCCCCAAUGACAGCUCGUGGAAGAGUGGCUUUAUUGUCAAAUGUCUUUUAUAUUUCUGUAUAAUUUUACAAUGCACUGGCACUACUGUAACAAAUAUCGAGGUUAGGAUUAGCGAACCUCCAUUAAAUGAAGUCACAGAAGGUGAGGAAUUCACAUUAUUGUGUUUAAUAAAAUUUAUUUCAUUUAUUGAAAAACGAGAGACAAUCUGGUUUCAAGAUGAAAUGGUGAUUGUAAGUUAUAAUCCACAACGUAUUCCUCCUUUAAAAUACUCAGAUUCCACUCCCAGAAACAAAUUUGUGGCAACUUAUGUUUCUGGUGGUGAACUCUUUGAUCAGUUUGCAUUAAUUAUCAAGAAUGUUGAAAUAUCAGAUUUUAAUGUUGCUUACAAAUGCGCAGGCAGAGAUGAAAAGAAGACUGAAUAUUCCAAUAUAGCAUCACAACCAGAGGUAAUAGAAGUGCCGGAUCCCAGGUACCCUCUUUGCGAACCUAGAGAUCAAACAUUUAAUGAGAAUGCAGAGAAGACACUUAAAUGUCGCUCAGAAAGCAUUCAUCCGGCCGUGACAUUGAGAUGGUAUAAAAACGGUAAACCAUUGGACUCAACAACUGACAAUGAAAAUGAUGAAAUCAUUCAGAAAUACACCUUCAAUGUUAAGUAUGAAGAUGCUAAUGCAGAAUUUGUAUGUGUUCAGUCAUCAACAUCCAUACCAAGAUUAAAUGGAAAUUGCACAAUUGGCCCAAUAUAUGUCAAUUAUAUACCAAGAGUUACUAUUGAAUACCGUGGAGAGAAAAAUAAGAAUGCCAUGAUGAAAUACAAUGAUGUGAACAUUUUGAUUUGCCAUGCAAAUACAUCCCAUGCAAAUUUGGCAACAUUUAAAUGGACAUUUAGUAGAUUUUUAAGACCAGGCGUUGACUAUACUCUUUCAGAUGAUAGCCGAUUCAUGACUUUUACAGCAAAAGAUGAGCACAAUAAACUCAAUGCCAAAUGUACAGUAACAAACAGCCUAGGUUCUGGAUCAGCAAAUAUAACUAUAUUUGUGACCAAACAUAUAAAGCCAACACCGCUAACAUCAGGACCUACCAAUCCAGAUUAUUCAUCGCAAGUUCCACCAUCAUUAGUUGUUGCAAUAAUUGGCAUUUGUACGUUGUUUAUCGUCAUUAUAAUGUCAUCAGUUUUAUGCUGUCUAAAGUUUUAUGCACACCGGCAAUUCAUUAACGCACACAUGCGAAGACAGGAGAUUUACCAAAGGCACGACCCCUCCAUAGGGUGCACAAUUGCUCAACCGGAGAUAUACUUUGAGCCCAAGGAUAGUAUAUCACAGAGUACAAACACAUCUGACGGAACAAGUUCAACGAAGAGGUCUAUUGGGAUACAGGUUUUACCACAGGUAAACUUAGAACUCCAGGACAUACAUCAGCAGCAGACAUUACCUGCACGUUAUAGGGGGCGCCCUUUACCGCAGCCAGGAAGACCAAAUUCACCAAUGGUAGACUGCGGCUGCUCUUUUGUCUAAUGCAUGAAACAAACAAUUUCUCCCCCUAAACUUUCUUUAAAUUAUAGAUUUCUUUUUGCUAUUAUGAAAACAUUAUCUUAAAAAAAUUUUUUUAUUAUUAAUCACACUACAAAUAAAUUAAAUAUACAGUAUAAUGCUGAAACAUGUAAGAUAAUGGCAUGGGCUAAGAAAGCCUAACACCAUGUAGUGACCAUGCCUUCAUUGUUUAAAAAAUUCUGUAAUACAGGAGAAUUUAACUGAAAAUAAUUCUACAAGCAUUUUAUCCAGAGCCCUAAAAUGCUAAAUUAAAUUAUUAAUGAAUAAAUUUUGUUUAUAAGAGAUUA